AUAAAGUGGAGCCGAGUAUUUUGUCACGUAGUUGAAGGGAAAGUUUCAGUGCCGGAGGACGGUUGUGAGAGGAGCAGCGGCCUCUGUGUCACACGGGAUGAAGCUUCCUGCUGGCAGGUGUGAGGGCGGAGGAGUGGUGGUGGUGACGGCUCUAAUUGUUGUUACUGCUGCUGGUGCUGCUGCUGGUGCUGCUGCUAGUGCUGCUGCUGCUGGUGACACAAACUACGCCUCCACCCACAUAUACCUACAAUGGCUCAAACAACACCGCCAACCAUCCCACAACACGUUUGGCAAUGAUGACGGGUCUAGAGAUGAGUAUUACGGAGACACUGAUGAUGACUAUGAUCCAUCUAACUAUGGCUAUGGCCCGGAUAUCUCCGAGCAGGACCACAAUGACUUCGAGAGCCUCUUCAGAGACCUCCAAACCGCUGAGGAGAAGAAGAAGACGAAGAGGGGAGGAACGUGCGAGCUAAGGAACACUACCAUAGAGGUAGACAAGAGGGGCGCCGAGCACAUCAACCCCUGCACCGUGACGACGUCCGUCUGCAGCGGCUCCUGUCCCUCUGACCAGUGCGUGGCCACCAGGUUCACCACCAGGACCAUCACGGUGACUGCGGUGUACGAGGACUGGGAGGAGAUGGAGUUCAGAACUGUCCCGGUUCACGAGGCGUGUUCCUGCGGCUGCACCACACCCUGUAACGACGUCGACUGCCAUGUUGUGGGAACCGACCACACGGCCCUGCAGAGGAAGAUCGAGAAGUGCACGAAGAACAAAAAAGACAAGAUCUGGAACCACAACACCUGCUUGUGUGAGUGUCACAACAAUAAAUGUCCAUUCUACCUCUCCAUAAACCCCGACACUUGCAAGUGCGAGAGGAAGCGGGAAAUGCAACAAGCCGGCCAGGGUAGGCUCUGGGGGUAGGCUCUGAGGGUAGGCUCUGAGGGUAGGCUCUGAGGGUAGGCUCUGAGGGUAGGCUCUGGGGUAGGCUCUGAGGGUAGGCUCUGAGGUAGGCUCUGAGGGUAGG